AUUGUCAACCAUGUUAAACGUAACGACCAGUAACGACAGAAAUACAACUGAACACAACAGAAUACGAGCGAGAGCGCAUUCACUUGCUAUUGUGAAAGAUUAUGACCAAUGCAAAUAAUUUAAUGCUGAAUAGAAUUGAAUCACGAAAGAUAGCACAAUGUUCAUUAUUUUCUAUUAAAUUUAUUGGAGUAACGAGACAAUGGAGUUUCUGUUAAAACAGAGAAAAUAAACAUGGCCUUGCAAUUAAUUGCAUGCUAAUGCAGUUCUGACGUUCUGAAGAAGCUUGUAAAGGCUCUAGAGAAUACUCUAGUUAAAUUACAGUACAAAUCUAUGCACAACAUGGAUAUGGAACGCAAUGGCAUCUAUUUAAAUCUACAAAGAAAAUAUCUGACUGUAUUUUUACUGGCUAUAUUUGCUGACUGGUUACAAGGACCAUACCUUUACAAAAUCUAUGUGAACCAUAAUUAUGAGAAACAAGACAUCUCGUUGCUUUAUAUUAUUGGAUUUGCAAGUAGCACAGUUUUUGGAGUUAUUAUAGGAUAUAUAGCAGAUCGUAUUGGUAGAAAAAUCCUUUCAAUUUCCUACAGUGUUCUCUAUUCUUUAUCCUGUAUAUCUAUUUUAUCUGAACAUUUUUGGAUUCUUCUAAUUGGACGUGUUCUUAGUGGGAUAUCAACCUCUAUACUCUUCUCAACCUUUGAAUCAUGGUACAUGAAUCAACAUAUAGAAAAAAAACUACCUAUAGAUUGGAUUGGAGCAACUUUGACCAAGACAACAUUUUAUAAUGGGCUCUGUGCUAUAAUAGCUGGAAUCCUAGCAUCUUUUGUAGCUGUUAAUUUAAAUCUAGGCCCAUCUGGGCCAUUUGUACUAGCUAUUCCCAUCCUAAUGGCCUCAGGUAUCUGUUGUGCCAUCUUAUGGGAUGAGAGUACAAAGAAUUUUCAAGAACUUACUCAAAGAUCCUGGACAGAUGGAAUCUGGCUGAUCUUUACGAGAAGCAAUAGACUUCUCUUGUACUUAGGUAUUGUGCAAGCACUCUUUGAGACUUGCAUAUACAUUUUUGUAUUUCUUUGGACUCCUGUAUUAGAACCACUCAAUCCCAAACAUGGAAUUAUCUUUAGUAUCUUUAUGCUCUGCAUAAUGCUAGGUAGUUUCUUAAAUUCCAUUUUAUACACAAAGUACAGAAUUUCCAGAGACUACCUUCUGAAGCUAAGUAUUAUUCUGGGACUCUCUAGUAUUUUUCUGUGCCUCAUUGGUAGUAUUCUUCAGGACAGUCAUGAGGUUUUAGGUAGCAAAAUUUGCCUUGUUGCUUUCCUUGCAUAUGAAGUCUCUAUUGGAAUGUAUUAUCCUGCUAUUGGAUAUCUGAGAGGUGUAGUUUUUCCAGAAUCUCAUAGAGCAUGUAUUUCCAAUUUUUUUAGAGUACCUUCCAAUCUAUUAACAUGUGUUAUCCUGAUGUAUAUUAGAAACAAUGUUCCACGAAACUAUUUAAUAUUUUCUAUUAGCUUUGUAAGUCUUGCCAUUGGAACAACCUAUAGUUUCAAAUUUGCCAAACUUUACAGAAGGUAUACCGAAGCAGGUAAUCAUACAGUUAUUGUAUGAUCAUGUGUAACCAAAUUUCUUAAUAGUAAUGCUACAAGAAAGUGUUUUAUAAUCAAUCAUUUAUUGUCAAAAUUGUAUAAUACAUUAUACAAGUGCAAAAGUAUUCUUGUCAUAAUUUGGGACUUAAAAGAGUGAUAUACCUAUGGCAUAUACUGUAUGUACAGCUAUAGUAUGCAUAUCACUAAAUGGCAAUGAACUUAACCAAGUAUGGUACCCAAAGUAGUGUAUCCAAGCAAAAGUUUCUAUGUAACAACUACUUCAGAAAGAGUUUUACCACGUUUUCGGAAAAUGUGUAUAUAAAUAAAACAUUUUAAAAUGAGUUACGACAGACAGAUACUGACAGAGGAUUGUCCACUGACAAAGGACAAGAGUAGCCAGUUUAAACUAAGUACGUGCUGUGGAGGUGGGCUAAAAAUCAUUGUCUCUUCUUUUAUUGUACUGACCAUAGCUGUCACUGCAGCUCUAAUAUUUCAGUUAUUGUAUUCAACCAAUAUAUCACAGAGUAUUGCUGGUGUUAAUGGUGCUGUUGCUACGGACUACACGAAUUGUUCACAAAUAGGAACAACAAUUUUAAGAAAAGGUGGCAAUGCAGUCGAUGCUGCAGUAGCUGCUACCCUAUGUAUGGCUGUGGUAGCACCAGAGAAAACAGGGCUUGGAGGGGGAGGCUACAUGAUGAUUUAUAACCACAGAGAUCAAACAGAUCCAUUGAUUAUAGAUUUUGCGAAUAACACAAUCUCAGAUCUCUUCGCUGCAAGAAGCAUAAGAAUUCCUGCUUUAUUGCGUGGGUUAGAAUUUGCACAAACUUCAUGGGGAAAUUUACCAUGGUACAAAGUUGUAAAGCCUUUGGCAGAUUUGGCUAGAAAUGGAUUUGUUGUAUCAAAGGAAUUUGCAUACGAAAUUUCCAAAAAUACGGAAUAUGCAAAUCUCUAUGGAAACAUUAAUCCUGGAGAGAUUCUGUUGCUACCUACAUUGGCGGAAACUCUGGAUGCUGUAGCAGAAUUCGGUGCUGAUGUGUUCUACAAUGGAACUGUAGUCAAGAAGUUUCUACAGGAUGCACUGCUAUCUGAAUAUUCUCUACAAGAGUUAGCACUGUAUAAACCGGAAGUAACAGUGGCAAGAAAAACUAAUUUCUAUGGUUAUACUAUAUAUUAUCCGCUACGUGCUUUACCCUUAGAGCAGACCCUGCAGGCCUUGGAGAAUUUAAAGAUUAUGGAGCAGAAUUCAUCCUAUUUGAAUUCUCAAAUUCUGGUAGCCCAAUCAUUGGUCUCAUCGAAUUUUAAAUAUUCCAAAGUUGAUCCCAAUGCUGAAAGUCAACGGUAUGCCAGUGUAGUCGCUAUGGAUUGGCAAGAUAAAUACGUCUCAGUAGUAACAGGCCUGAGUGCGCCCCUUGGUCUGGCGCGCCUGUCACCCGCUGGCUUUCUUCUGGAUGGCACAGUAGCCGGAAAUACUCUGGCUUCCUUUGCUCCUGUAGCCUUCCGGGAUACGUUGUCUAUCUGUGGCCUCCGAGGUGUUUUCGGCAGUGACGAUCCCACCGUCAUCGGGGAAUUACUGUCCAACCUCCUAAUUCUUGGGAUGAAUGCUUCCACCGCUGUAGAAUAUCCACGAUAUUACUUAAGAUAUGAUAAUAUAGCUGUUGAAAGCGACGAAAGACAUUCCGUGGAUACAAUGCUCCAGAUACAUCUAGACACUAUAGCUAAUUUACCUAAAACAGACGCCAGUCUUAUUUCUAAGAGCGUGAAUGUCAUCACGAAGCACAAGGACUCCGUAACGAGUCAUUCGGAUAGCCGGGGUGGCGCCCUGGCUUCAAGAUAUAAAAGAAUAUGACGAAUAGAACUAUUGAAAAAUCGACAGAUGAUUUUUAUUAGUGAGAUAUGUAAGGCGAGGUCUGAUAUUUAAUACUGAAGUAUUGAUUUAUAGUAUUUUUACCGGGUGUGUCACAUCAUCCAGACGUAUUCCAGGUGUUCAAUUACUUUUGAAAGAUCAAGUACAAAAUAUAAAUGCACCGCUUCCAAAUGUAACUCUGGAUGAAAUGAUACCGCCUGUAUUAAGUAAUAUAUUUUUUUAGAAAUGAUUUUACAUUUUAUACUAUAUUAUACAAUAAAAUCUUUGUCACGUUAAA